AAGCUUAGAGUGGAGUUGGCAGAGAAUCGUAAGAGAGUCUCGCUGCGAAAUCACCUGCAGUCCAUCUAGUGCUUUGCCGGCUAGAACAACUUCAAUCAGAAAACCUGAUCAAAUAUUCACCAUACUAUCCAUCAGUGAAUCAUUCGACAUUCAGUGGAAUUUAGUGGUUUCGUACGCUACCAUAAAGGGAUCUAGUUAACAGCUAAGGCCCUCGAGGGCCUCGGAUGAACUUAUUGAACACUCUUUUGGAGAAACCAAGGACUGAAGAAUGGAACAAUUCGAGCAGCUUUUAACGUGCGCCAUAUGUCUGGACCGCUACAGGAACCCCAAGCUGCUGCCUUGCCAGCACAGCUUUUGCAUGGAACCGUGCUUGGAAGGUCUCGUGGACUACGUACGUAGGCAGGUGAAGUGUCCGGAAUGCCGAGCGGAGCACCGCAUCCCCUACCAAGGGGUACAGGGUUUCCCUACGAACGUCACCCUCCAAAGAUUCCUAGAACUUCACAUCGAAAUAACUGGAGAGCUCCCGGAUCCAACAAGUGGCCAAGUUAUGGAACGAUGUAACGUCUGUUCGGAAAAAGCCUACUGCAGCUUUUGUUCGCACUGUGAUAAGAAAAUUUGUGAGGAAUGCAAGGGGGCUCACAUGGAGAUUCUUAGGCGGGAAAUUUCGAGAAUAAACAAUCAGAUCCGAAGGGGGCUUCACAGAUUACAAGAUACUUUAGCUCUAGUCGAAAAAAAUACUCAAAGUAUUCAGUCGAAUUGCUCGUCGGUCAGCGAGGAAGUCGAGGAGAUUUAUAGAAGACUUUCCAAAGCCGUGAAGGAUCGUACGGAAUAUUUAAGAGGAGAGAUCGAUCGCUAUUUAGGAACAGAAAUGAGAAGCUUGACUAACCUAAAGCAAAAUCUGGAGCAGGAAAUCUCAAAUAUUCUAAGUAACUGCGAUCUGGCCGACAAGCACAUGAACGAAAGCGUUGACAUUUGGGACGACUGCGAACUGAUGGAUGCCAAAGAAAUUUUCUUGAAAACGGUGGACUUCAUCCGGAAUUUUGAGUAUGAAAACACCGAUUAUUCGCGGAGGGUACGGUUGGUUUUAGCGCACGACCCAAAUCAACUCGUUCUGCACGUAGCUGGUUUCGGAGAUCUAAACUUAGCAAACCAACACUUCAGUCAAGGCUCAGGAAUGUUGCAGCCACCGGGACCUGGCUUAAUGAGAUCUAAGAGCGAUCAUAGAUUAGCAACGCAGUUUAGGCAACAAGAAGAAAGAGGCUACGAUAGAGGAGGAUAUGGGGAUAACCAGGACGAGCCCCUCCUCGGAGGGAGAAAGUUCGGAGAGAGACCGAAAACUGAGCGAUACACUGAUCGAUACGGUCGGGGAGGUAACGAUUAUAGUGACGAUUACGACGAUACCCGUCCUGCGAGAUCGAGGUAUAGCAGAUUCCGUAGACACGCUCAAGAUAACGAUUCUGACAGCGAGCAGCCAGGCAGGGGUGUCAGAUUCACAGAACAACAGAAAAUUGAAAGGGAGAAGGUCUUAGAUACGGAAGACGUCGCUCGUGGACCUCUGAGCGGCAUCACCAGACUCGCCGAUUCUCCCAGAGUGAUGAAGAAGCUCCAAGAAAAUGAGAGCGGUAAAAAGAAAGAGAAAGAGGCACCUCCGCCGCCGCAACCAGCUCCUCAACCCAAAAUCGUUCCGAAACGGCCUCCCCCGCCGGCCAACAGACAAGUAAGCGAAGAAGAUGAGAUCGCUAAAAUUAAGAAACAAAAUAAAGGUGCCACGACCUCAGCCGAAACCGAAACUAGACCUGUUGAGCGAGUUGCAGCGGAAGAAAGGCACACUCAAAGAAAAACACCGGCUCCUGAGGCCAUCUCCAGCGCUGAAGAAUCAGACGACGAAUCUGUUACUUCGUUACAACAGCAACCACAACAACAACAACAACAACAACGAAAAACUGCGAAAACCACAACAACCGCUAGGAGACCAUCAGAUGCUGGUCAUAUAAAGUCAACUCGUUCGGCGAGUUCUGAUUCAAAUACGUCGACUGAGACAUCUACGGGUUCUUCGAAUGCCGUGCGUAGCACGGGAGCUCCGUUCACUACGGAAGAAGUAAAACAGAAAUAUUUGUCUAGAGGAGGAGAAGCACCUCAAGAACGCACGAGAAAAUCGUCGACUGGAUCGACCAAGGAAGCGCAGCCUCAAAAGCAAUUCCAGAGUAGGUUCCUUCACAACAAGACUGCUACACCACCUGCAACUACCGCUAAAGACAACGACGAAACCGAAACCAGUUCUGAGGAAGAAACUGAAUCUGAAGAAGAUUCGGACGAUAACACAACAACACCGAAACCUGAUACGAAAGAAAUGGCUAAGACGGACAUCGGAGCGUUGUUGGCCCGUAGUGCUAAUGCUAGAGAUAGCAGCACCGAAAAUGCUCGCAGGAGUAGUCGUGAUGAAUCAUCAUCCACUUACACCAGAUCGCGAUAUACUGCACCUAAAGAAGACUCGCCUCCCCGAAGUAGAUACGGUAGAAGAACGUCGGCCGUCCAAGACGACGAACCGCCGCGGUACGGCUACACAAGCCGUUUUCUUAAUAAAAGUAAAAGUUCGGCAGCUCUUCAACCGGAGGAAGAAGACCACAGGUACGGAUCGACGUUGGCUGACGAUUCCGACAGUAAAUACCCCAGUAGUGGUCGUUCGAGAUACAUGGCGUUGAAGGAGCGCAGACAACGCUUAGCCAGGAGUAAAAGUAGCCAACAGUUUGGAGAUGACGAAGACAUCGAAGAACAACUAUCGCCGACAUCGUCGAAUCCUACAGCGUACUUGGCAUCACGCGGAUACGGCUCUGCAGCAUCAUCCGGUUAUGAUCUUUCCAGAAGUCGAUCUUCGCACGCCCUAAAAUCGCGCGAUAACUCACCAGAUCGUUCGUCGAACGCUACGGAAAAAGAUGGCGCGGCGCUCAGUUCCUGGGCUAGAUACUUGAAGAAUAAAUACGGAAACAGGAAUAGUGGGAAGGACAAGGAGUCUACGAAUUCAGGUUCACCAGGUUCGAGUAGUUCCACUACGGCGAGAAGGCUGUCUCUCGGUCUCCCGCUUAGGUCGUCGACAGAAUUAGGGAGCUCUGAUGACGACCAAAAAAACAUGCAAGGCUCCCCCACUACCCCUCCUACAGCAGCUACGGCAGCGGCCGGUAUCGCAGUGGCAGUAGCAGGUACCUCCCCUAGGAGUCAGUACCUGCAAAAAUGCCAACAGCUGUUCGAAAUAGGUAGUCGGGGGAGCGAAGCCGGAUGUUUUACCUGGCCCCGCGGUGUCGCCGUGGGUCCCGAUAACUCCAUAGUAGUAGCAGAUUCGUCCAACCAUCGAGUGCAGGUGUUCGACUCGAAUGGAAGAUUUCUCAAAGAAUUUGGUCAAUAUGGCAACGGUGAAGGAGAAUUCGAUUGUCUUGCCGGCGUUGCCGUUAAUCGAAUCGGCCAAUAUAUAAUCGCAGACCGUUAUAAUCACAGAAUACAAGUAUUUGAUCCGUCCGGAAGGUUUCUUCGAGCUUUUGGUAGUCAAGGAACUGCCGACGGUAGAUUCAACUAUCCAUGGGGAAUCACGACAGACGCUUUAGGUUUUAUUUAUGUCUGUGAUAAGGAAAACCACAGAGUACAGGUUUUCCAAUCCGAUGGUACGUUCGUAGGAAAAUUUGGUUCAAUGGGUAGUAGGGAAGGACAACUCGAACAUCCCCACUACAUUGCUGUGUCAAACACGAACAGGGUUGUCGUUUCCGACUCUAACAACCACAGAAUUCAAAUUUUUGAUGUGAAUGGAAAAGUUCUGAGUUCCUUUGGUUCGGAAGGUUCAGAAGACGGGCAAUUUAAAUUUCCGAGAGGUGUUGCUGUUGACGAUCAGGGAUAUAUUUGUGUUGCUGAUUCGGGCAAUAAUAGGAUACAAAUUUUCCAUCCUGAUGGAACCUUUUUGCGAUCUUUUGGUUGUUGGGGAAUUGGCAAAGGAGAGUUUAAAGGUCUGGAAGGUGUUGCAAUGACGCCAAAUGGACACAUAUUGGUGUGUGAUCGAGAAAAUCACAGGAUACAAGUGUUUUGAAACUAUACCAGUUUAAUAAUCUAAUACUUUUUUUCUUUUUAACAGCGUGUUAACAACUUACAAACAAAUAAAGCAUUUGCAUUUUCUUCAA